AUGAAAGCAAUUUAUUUUUUCUCCACAAUUAAACCUUUGAUAGUAUCUGGGCCAAGUGGAGUUGGUAAAGUAAAUAAAUAGUUUAACAAAGGGAUCCUUGGUAACCAGACUACUCUAAAAUAGUUAAGAAUUUGUAUAUAGUGUAAGUUUAACUACCAGAAAGCCAAGACCAAAUGAAACAAAUGGAAUCAACUAUUUUUUUGUGGAUAAAGCUGCUUUUGAUGAAAAAAUAAAAAGCAAUGCUUUUUUAGAGGUUUGUGAAGUACACGGUAACCUUUAUGGUACCUCUAAACAUUAGAUAAAUGAAAUUAUCAAUAAAAAUAAAAUUCCUCUAAUUGAAAUAGAUGUCUAAGGUGCAGAAAAAAUAAACUAAUAAUUAAAUCACUAAUGCGUAAGUAUAUUUAUUUUGCCACCAUCUAUUGAAAUACUUAGAGAAAGGUUGAUAGGAAGAAAAACUGAAACCUAAGAUAUUAUAGAAAGGAGAAUCAAAAAUGCAGAAAUAGAGAUUUAAAAGGCGAGAUCAUUUCAGUUUUAUCAUUUCAUAAUCAAUGAUAAUUUUGAAACUUGUUAUAAUGAGUUUCUUGAAAUUAUUAAUAAAAAAUAUUAAUGUUCCUGA